AGCGCGGCGGCUCCGCUGGAAGAGCUGGCACGGGAGGAAAAGGAGGAAAAGCCCAGGAGAAGCCGCAAACCGCCAGCGCAGAGCCGCGGUCAUGGGCAGCCACCCCGCCGUGCUGCUGGCGCUCGCCCUCUGCGCCCUGCUGGAAGCCGGUCUGGGCCAUCCCCCGGCCGAGUCGCACCUGGCCGAGCGGCCGAGGAGCAAGCGAUGUUCCUGCAACAGCUGGCUGGAUAAGGAAUGCAUCUACUUCUGUCACCUGGACAUCAUCUGGGUCAACACACCUGGGCACACUGCUCCCUACGGCUUGGGCAGCCCGCCAAGGCGGCGCAAGAGGUCCGCGGGCAGGUGCGAGUGCUCGCACUCCAGGGACAGCAUCUGUGCCACCUUCUGCCACGGCAGGCCUGGGUACCUCCAGAGUCUGAAGCUCCCCGUGAGCUCUGGAGCAUCAGCGAGGUCUCUGCAGAGCAGUGCCAUGAGGCCUCCCCACCACGGGCUGCUGAGAGCUCUCAGGGACCUCAGGGUCUCCAGCCCACGCUCCGGCAAACGCCAGCAGCGCUCUCAGAGGGACACACAGCCACCAGCUCUGCCUUGGGAAAAAAACAUCUGGAAGAAGAAGAGAUAAGAGACAGGGGCACACCAAGCUCACCAGAAGAAUGUGGAGUCCUGUGGGUGCCACCAGCUCUGCUGUCAGUUGUUAGAGCUGAAGGGAAGGCCAUGAGUGGAAAGGAAGGAGGUGGAAGUCUCCGUGUUCCUGCUGCAUGAACCAGCGCUCAAGGGACUGCUGCAAAGGGAAAAACUGUCUGUCCAUCCAGGCAGAGAAGUGUCCUGGAGCUGAAUGGUCCCUUUUUGGAUCAGGCAAGGGUUGUGCUGGAGCAGCACAGGCUGGACUGUGCCCUGGAGCCCUGGGCAGGGCUCAGCCAGGGGGGCAAGGUUGGACCAGGAACUGUGUCCUGGAGCCCUCAGCAGGGCUCAGCCAGGGGGGAAAGGCUGGAGCAGGGACUGUGUCCUGGAGCCCUCAGCAGGGCUCAGCCAGGGGGGCAAGGCUGGAGCAGGGACUGUGCCCUGGAGCCCUCAGCAGGGCUCAGCCAGGGGCUCUGGGCAGGGCUGGAGCAGGGAUUGUGCCCUGGAGCUCUCAGUAGGGCUCAGCCAGGGGCUCUGGGCAGGGACUGUGCCCUGGAGCCCUGGGCAGGGGCUCAGCCAGGGGCUCUGGGCAGGGCUGGAGCAGGGAUUGUGCCCUGGAGCCCUGGGCAGGGCUCAGCCAGGGGCUCUGGGCAGGGCUGGAGCAGGGAUUGUGCCCUGGAGCUCUCAGCAGGGCUCAGCCAGGGGCUCUGGGCAAGAGCAGGCAGCACCGAGCCCAAGACUGCCCUGGGCUGCUCUGCCUGGAGCUGUCCAAGCCUGGCCCAUCCAGAGGGGUUUGGCUGCUUGCUGCAGUCAGGGAUGAGCUGCCUCCAGCCCGAGCCCCCUUUGCACUAUUUUCUCCUGUCAGUCAGUGCCCAUGGCCGAGGCUCCCAAGGUGGAACAGCUCCCAGUUUGUGUUAAGGUUUAUUCCAUCAUCCCCUGGAGCCAGCUGAGCAGUCAGGGGCACUCAGUGGCUGAGAAAUCUCCGGGGUGGGUUUCCACCAAGGCCCUGGCUGUGGCUGAGGGGCAGGAUCAGCCAGCCCAGGGAUGGCACCAAGCCCAGGAGGGGCUGCUGGGGGGCUGGGCUUGUGCAGGAGCCCCCAGCCCCCACAGGCAGGGGAGGGUGAGCAGAGCCCUGGCGUGGGUCAGUGACCCCAUCUCGCCUCCCUGGACAUACCCUCAGUGAGGACCUGCAGCUCCUGAACCCCAACCUCCUCCCGGUGGGGAGGGCUGGGGCAGGGAGAGGGCACACAAAGCCUGGCUUGCUGCUUGGCUUAGGCCAGCUCUGAGCCAGGCUCUGGAGAAUAAAUGGGCAGGGAGAGGGCACACAAAGCCUGGCUUGCUGCUUGGCUUAGGCCAGCCCUGAGCCAGGCUCUGGAGAAUAAAUGGGCAGGGAGAGGGCACACAAAGCCUGGCUUGCUGCUUGGCUUAGGCCAGCCCUGAGCCAGGCUCUGGAGAAUAAAUGGGCAGGGAGAGGGCACACAAAGCCUGGCUUGCUGCUUGGCUUAGGCCAGCCCUGAGCCAGGCUCUGGAAAUGAGCAGUCAGGUCUCCGUGGGGAGGGGAAUGCAGCAGGGAAGGGCAGCCAGGUGGGAAUGACCAGGGAAGGACAGGUUGGAAGAGGGGCUGGAACUGGGUGGUCUCUAAGGGUCCUUUCCAACCCAAAGCCCUGUGAUUCUGGAAGGGAGCACAGCCCUGCCUCAGCUUAGGCUCAGGUUUAAACCCAGAUCUGCUGGCCCAGGGGAGGGAAGGAAACCUUGGGGAAAAACACAGAGUGCAGAGCCUGGAAACCGAGCUGGCAGGCCAAGGCAGCCCCAGGAGCCGUGUCACAAAUGCACUUUUGUUUGCCUGGGCAGACUGAGCUCUGCAGGGAGCCAGGGCUGUCACCUGGGCAGGCCAGGUAGAGAGCUGCUCUCCAUUCUGGGUCCCUCUGCUGCCCAGGACUGCACAGGAGCUUUGGAAAGGCUGCUUGAAGUUGGUGGUGGACCAAAAUCUGUGGCUGUUGCAAGUGUAGUCCCAAUGGACAAGAAAAAGAAUUCCUCGAUUUUGCUUUAAGCCCCAGGGAGGGGGAAAAUAAGAUCAAUUGAUUGUAUUGUGGAUGAAAGAGCAGAUGAAUCAUUUGGUCCCCAAAGCUGCAGAGAAUCUGUUUUUAUCUUUGACCUUCUGAAGGUUGGAGUCACUCUAAAAAACCAAAAUGAGAAAAUCCUGAAAGGGUUUGUUCCAGAGGAAAUUUUGCACAUGGUUUAAUGUGAGUAAUUUAAAAUAAAGCUACUGCUGUAAAGUACUCUGUCAAUCUCCUCGUGUGUGCAAUGUGACCCACUGCACACCUGCCACAUGUAGCAUCCUGAAAUCUGUAUAUUUAUUUAAAUCUAUUGACUUUUUUAGGCAGUAAUGUUCAAUGUAUAAUUUGUAAUAAAUAAUGACAACA